AUGAAGAAGGUUGCCCUGCUUCCUCUCAUAACAUUUGACGUAGUUGUUAACGUGUACUUGACGACCCUGUUUUUGAUUCCAGUUGUUAAAAUUGCGCAAGGAAAAGCUCAGCAAUCACAUCAAGCCCUACGAAGUAUGGCGAUCAAAACUUUCUGUGGGUCUUGUGCGACCUUAAUAUCCAGUGUUGCGAACUUGACAACCCUUAUGCUAUUGAAAGGGGAGCCUGGAUGGAUUUGCCUACUGCUCUGUAAUGCCGAUAUUUUAUUCAGUGCUGUUGUUCUUCAUGCAAUCACGAACAAGGAUCACCAAGGGAGCUCGGAUACAACCCGUGCUACCAACGACUACGCCUCCCAAAACGAUACGACAAUUAUUGGAAAUGCUACAGAUCUUGGCACUCGACGAUCAUCUAUAGCUCAAGGGCACAAGUCCUCUACAAUUGCGAACGCUGGGUUCAUCGGCCCUCACAUAUCUCCGACAUUUGAAAACGAUACAUCGGAUCCAUCGUCAGACAAAUCCAUAAACACAAGUAAAACUGCGGAGCAAAGGAUUAUACGUAGUACUCUGUGGCCGUUUCGUAGAGAUAGCAGAGGUCCCUCAAAUUUUGCGGAAUUACGGUUUGACGGGGACCCCACAUGUGAAGAUCUAGACCAGAAUCAGCCACAAAGCACGACACCGGAAGCCCUAAGAAAGGUGUCAGUGGCGGCGAACCUACGACCUACCGUAGAUUAUGCAGAGUACGAUUCUGAUGGGUUGGAUUUCGUGACAUCUCACCAAGUUGCGGAUGAUUUACAAUCUAUUGGAGAAAGUGGACACCAUGCGUUGUCUAAUGAGGAUAUGGGGACUCAGCACAAAAAGCAUGAAGAGCGAGUGCCUCAUAGAAUUGUGUAG